AUGCCGCUGUCUUUUUUUGAGGCGCCUCAAAAAUCGUCUCUCCUGCCUCUCGCGGUGAUAGCAUGUGGAGUGGACUUGCAACCCGGGCUGCGAGCGCUGCUGGACAGCCAGACGCAGACGCACAGUGCAGCGACAGGGACUUCUGAGGUUCCUCAUAUGGCGCUGCUGGACAGCCAGACGCAGACUCACGGCUCAGCGACUGGGAGAGGGAUUGAGAGGGGGCUUGGCAAGGGGAUUGUGGAGGAGAGUGGGGUUGAGAGUGGCAAGGAGGGCGGUUCAGAGCUGAGACUGAAGCAGCAGCAGCAGCAGCAGCAGCAGCAGCAGCAGCAGCAGCAGCAGCAGCAGCAGCAGCAGGUGCAGCAGGGUGGUGAGGGUAUCUAUGAGGAGCUAUUUCACAUCUACUUGCCACUCAAGUCAUCCAAGUACGACCGGCUCUGCAUAGCGCGCCACAUCCCGGCAGCACUGGCCUUUGCUCGCAAGCACCUGCGUCUCCACCACCGCCUGCUGCUCAUCUGCCCUGACGGUGUGGACUUGAGUGUGUGCAUCUGUGCCGCUCUCCUCUUAGCCCUGCCCCACGAACUCUCUCAUGCCU